GUGUGGACUUGCGACUGGGGCGUGUGGUGGUGGAUGGCGGUGUGCAUUUUAGUUCCUUAUUUUCCAAGUUCCUGUGCAUGCAUGUAUGGCUGCAGAAGGUGGAGCCUAGGAGCCUAGUUUAGUUUGGCCUUGUUUUCACCACCACCACCACCACCACCACCACCACCACCACCACCACCACCACCACCACCACCACCAUUACUCCACACCAAAGGGUUCAUGGUCUGCAUAGUCUUGUGACUUUGUGUAAGUUAGAAGUUCCGUCACCAUGGCAACAACUGGAGGUCUGACUGCUGAGCAAAAGAGACGCAUGGAGGAAAACAGGAAGAAGGCGCUUCUUCUGAGAGCCAAGCGUAACCAAGGCAACAGCCAGGUUGCCAAGCCGACCCAAAGCACAUCAUCAGGACAGACCAAAGCCACAAAUUUCACUCAAGUUGUUGCUAGGAGCGGCAAUCAGGGUUCAUCCCAUUUUCCACACAACCAAGGACCUAAGGAAAGCACGAAUAGCCGCUCCAGCACAAUUUCAUCGUCAGCAAAUGGCUGGUCCAAGAAAUCCCAAGGAUCUGUCGUCACAAAACCAAGUGGAUUUCAUGGAAAUGACAGCGGCAAUCAAAUUACUGCUUCAAGAAGCAAUUUCCAAAGUGAAGCAUCUUCAAAAUCAGUUGAGUUGUCAAAUACAAGCAGUAACAUACAACAAACAUCAGUAACAAGUACGAGUAUUUUCAACAGUGCACCUACAGCCCAAGUGAAUUUGCCAACUGCAGUAAUGCCUAGCAAGGUUUGCACAAAUCCACCAACAGAGGGCGGUCUGCAAGGAGGACACAAUUCAACCUCUGGUGUUGGCAAGCCAAAGACAAUUACGAGUUUCUACACGUCGAAACCACGACCAACAGCCACUGGAGACCAGACUAGUUCUUCGGGGCGUUCAAGUACUGCUGGUCAGAGUCUGGUGCCGAAUCCACAUUCGAAUCCACAGAAACCGGGGUCUGGAUUCCAGACUCGCAAUGAAAUCCAGGGUCCCAGCGUGAAACGUCCGGAUUUCUCCCAGAAAGGGGGAGGAACUAAGUCCAGCUUUGGGGGCGGGCUGGGGAGUAACUCACAAGGAGCUUGUGUGCUGGUGUCGAGGACGAGAUUUGUGGUGAAUGUCGGAUACAAUGCGAAGCUCAUUGAAAUCUUCAAGGAAAUCCCAAGCAAAAGUUACGAUGUUGCAGAGAAGAAAUGGUCAUUCGCUUUGUCAGAUUACGACACGCUCAUGGAAGCAGUCAAACCGCUGAGGCCCACAGUUGAGAUCGAACCCUUACCCAAGCCGGUGUGCGCAGCCUUCCGCAGGCAGCGCCACGGCCAGGAGGGGAACCGGGUCAUCCCGGACGCCAACCUCAACUCCGUGGACCAAAAACUGGUGAACACGCUGAUGAAUUUCCAGCGGGAAGGAGUCAAUUUUGCCAUCAGCAGAGAAGGCCGAGUCUUGAUAGCGGACGACAUGGGUCUCGGGAAGACACUGCAAGCCAUCUGCAUAGCCUGCUUCUACCGAGCGGAGUGGCCAGUUCUGGUCGUCUCACCGUCCUCUGUGAGGUACUCCUGGGCCGAGGCGUUUGAGAAGUGGAUACCCUCUCUGGAUCCACAGGACAUCAACGUCGUACUGAACAGUAAAAGCUCUGGUACGUCAGGUCAAGUUAACAUCCUGAGCUAUGACUUGAUGCACAGGAAGGCAGCAGAGCUCAAGCAGUUUCGCUUCCAGAUCAUCAUCAUGGAUGAAUGUCAUUUUCUGAAGAAUGUCAAAACAGCAAGAACGAAAGCCGCUCUUCCACUUCUCAAGGCAGCACCACGCGUGAUUCUCCUGUCUGGUACCCCAGCUCUAUCCAGACCUUCAGAACUCUACACCCAAAUCCUGGGUGUGGCUCCUAGACUUUUUCCAUCAUUCCAUGAGUUUGGGUUGAGGUACUGCAACGCAACCCAGAAUCCAUGGGGAUGGGACUACUCUGGCUCUUCCAACAUGACGGAGCUGCAACUCCUGCUGGAAGAGUGCAUCAUGAUCCGAAGGCUCAAGCAAGACGUCUUGAAGGAACUGCCCUCCAAGACCAGACAAAUGGUCAUAAUGGAUCCUUCUAUCGUCAAAACUAACAGCAAGGCACUCAAAGUCGCAGCGGACCAGAUGGGAAGAAAGAAACCUAAAUCGGAAGAGAGGGGCGUCUUGUUGAAGUACUUUGCUGAGACUGGACUUGUCAAGGUGCCAGCAAUUAGGGAUUACGUGCUGGAUCUGCUGGAAGCUGAUCACAAAUUCCUCAUCUUCGCUCAUCACCAGUCGGUCUUGGAUGCUCUGUGCAUAGCUAUCAGUCAAAAGAAGUAUGACUACAUCCGUAUUGACGGCAGUACCUCGGCAGCACACCGCAAGGCCCACUGUGACAGAUUUCAAGAGGAGAAGACGUGUCGCGUUGCCGUCCUGUCCAUCACUGCAGCCAAUGCCGGUUUGACGCUCACCGCAGCCAGCAUGGUGGUCUUUGCUGAACUGUUCUGGAAUCCUGGGAUACUGGUUCAAGCAGAGGAUAGAGUUCACCGCAUUGGACAGCAGGACGCUACCAACAUACGAUACCUGAUAGCUAAAGGCACGGCUGAUGACUACAUAUGGCCACUGGUGCAAAAGAAGUUGUCGGUGUUGGGGAAAGCAGGCUUGUCAAAGGACGACUUUUCCGAGGCUGACACAACUGCAUUUAAGGAUCCGAGACAGAAAAGCAUCCUCUCUUUCUUUGAGAAGUCCUUCCUGGAGGAUGAUUACGAGUUGGAACAGGAGGAACUGGCUUGCCUCGUUGCCUUGGAGUCGCAGGAGUCCGAGAGUGACGACACUGCAGCAAUGAACCCUGGGAAGGCAGAUGAUGAUGCCAGAUCGAGCUACAGCAAUGAUCAAAUGCCAUUGGUCAUUACAAAAGACGGCGUCCUUAAAAACAACAGUAAAACAAGCUAUCCCCAAGAGAAGACCGUUCCGUCUGUGAAAUCUAAGACCAGUCAUCAAGAUGGCUUGGAGGGUACUCGAAAUACCGAAGGGGCAUCUGUGAUGCCCAUGAAGAAGGCAAAGACCCCGUUUAGCACCCCUUGGGCCGUCAAGAAACCGCUCGGUGAGAGUAAUGGUGGUGAUUUGGAGGAUUGUGGGGACGGACCGCCUUGUAAACGACAGAGAAAUGCCAACAGUUGAAGAGACAGUAUGUGCUGGCCGUGCACGGACUUUGUAGCAAGAAGACUCGGGAUUUUUUUUAUAAUAACAACAAUAAUGUGUAUUUAUAAAUUAUUGGUGUUCAAGGCGCUACAUCAAUCUAAC